CUUAAAUCAACGCAAAUCCUCUUCCUCCCUCGACAUCUUCCCAUCCCAUCCUUCCAAUUUCUCACCCACCACUCUGUAUCACCAGCUACACCGUCAGCCAUUGCCAUGUCUUCAUUCCUCGUCGCAGGUGCCACAGGCAAGCAGGGAGGAGCCGUCGUCGACGCCCUCCUCAACACCAGCCCCACCCCUACCGUAAAGGCGCUCACCCGCAACACUGAGUCGCCCGCUGCCAGCGCUCUCAAGGCUCGAGGCGUGACCCUCGUCAAGGGAAACCUGAACGACAAGGAAUCUCUUAUCAAGGCCCUGUCUGGCGUAGACGGCGCCUUCCUUGCGACUGACUUCUCCAAGGAUGGAGUGGAGGGCGAGGUUGUCCAGGGCAAGACCUUCGUGGACGCCUUCAAGGCAAGCUCUGCCAAGCACCUCCUCUUCAGUUCCGUUGGCUCUUCCGACGUCGCCAAAUCUGUUCCUCAUUUCAACUCCAAGAAUCAGAUUGAGGAGUACCUCACCGCCAACAUCGAUGGAAACAAGCAGGUCUGGACUAUCCUCCGCCCAGUCGCCUUCAUGGACAACUUCCCCGUCGCCUCCGCCGUCGGCACCACCGCUGCUGCCACCUUCUUCAGGGCACUCAUGGACACCGAGACCAAGCUGCAGUGGAUCGCCUGCCGAGACAUCGGGACUGUCAGCGCCAAGAUCCUCACCUCUGGUCCUCAGAGCAAGUGGAUCGGCAAGCGCAUCGAGCUGGCAGGUGACUACAAGAAGUACUCGGAAGUCAUCGACACUCUCGGUCAAGUCGGAGGCGGCAAGCCUUGGGUGAUCCCACUGCCCAGGUUCCUGGUACAGAAGAUCGGCGGCUUCGACCUCUCCGAGAUGUUCAGGUUCUUCAACGCAAAGGGCUACUCGGCCGACAUUCCCUCGUUGCGCCAGGACUUCCCCGACCUCUACACCUGGAAGGAGUACAUUCAGAACACACAGAGCAAGGCAAAGGCCUAAAGGCGUGAUUGCCGUGCCUUGUGUUUGAGUUUCGGCCUCGAUAUCUGACUCGCUGCUCUAAUCGUUCUAUUGGACCUGCUGUGUAUUAUAGCCUCUCUUGAGUACUUUUCCGCCAGAAUGUCAUUGAAUACCUUCACGCUGCGUGACACGCUGAUCUAAGGGCUGACGCUUACCCUGAGGUGCUGCAUGAACAGAUUCGGACACUGCUUCAGGGGUCGCUCAAGAGGCAUUAAUUGGACUUGAAAGAUGAAAAUGGUGUGAGGUAGACAGAGAGGCAAGGU